UGAAGUUUUUAGGAGAUGAAAAAUAUUCAUCUCGAUUGGAAGGAAAAAUCAUUCCUUUUUAACGGGCUGAUAAAGAGGUACUCUGUAAUAUAAGAGAAAUGAAACUGAUAUCCAUUGUGGUAACUUUGAUGUUGGGCAUUCAAUUUUCUUCGAGUAGUUAGGUUAUUUUUCUAAGAGAUGAGUCUACGGGGAGAAGGGGCUUUGGGCUACAAGCGGUCACGUCCAGGAUCAAAUACUUCAAAAGAGUUGAACCCCGAUGAGCGUAAUGUAUACAAUCUGAUUAAAAGCAAGGGGGAUAUGGGUAUAUGGAAGGGAGACAUAAGAAGAGAAUUGAACAUGAACAACACAAAGAUAAUUGAUAACUGUGUUAAGGCUCUCCAACUGAAUCAAAUGAUCAGAGAGGUGCCUGAUGUUAAAGCCAAAGGGAAGAAGCGGCUUAUGGCUAUGGAGUUUGAGCCUUCAAAAGAGUUAACUGGUGGUGUAUGGUAUCAAGAUGGAAUACUUGAUGAGGAUUUAAUUGAUAACCUCAAGUUAGUCUGUUUAAAACUACUUUCUAGACAUAAGGUUGCUACAGCUGACGGACUUCGACACGAGAUUAAUAACUUGGAUGGAGCGUUUCACGUUGAAGUAACAGUCGAUCAGGUGAAGGAAAUACUUGACAAUUUGAUUUUGGAGAAGGAGAUUAGUAAAGUGAAGAGCAAUGGAAUGGGGGAAUUUGCUUCGUUUCCUGUCAAUGUAGAUUGUUACAAGCUCAAAUCAAAACGUGCUAAAAUGGGAGCUUUCUCUAUGAUACCAUGUGGUGUUUGUCCCCAAAUUAACCAUUGCGCUCCCGAUGGCAUCAUCUCCCCUGUAACCUGUGUAUACUACACCAAAUGGUUGGAAUUUUGAAAGUUCAGUUGAGUUGCUCCUCUUUCCUAAACUCUCAGAACUAAAUUUGAAGUUCGGAACAAAUCUCUGCAGGAAGAUGUCUUCUAAAGCAUUGAUAGUAUUGUCAUUAUGUAAACAUGUUUGUUGAAGAAGAUGAUGCAGGCGUGAAUCGAUCAGCAGAGACACCAAUUAUGAAAAUCUAGUUUUUUGCAGUGAAAGUUCUGUUAGGUUAGGUUAAUAGUUCUGGUAAUGAAUUUUUUGUUGGUGAUUUUAGCAUAGUCUUAAUAAUUGGGUCUAUGGACUGGUCAUUAGUUCAUCAGUCGUGUAAAAGUGUAGGAAAAUCGGUUGAAUCAAGUUGUCUUGACAUAGUUUGAAACCCUACUAAAAUAGGUGGGCAUGUCGUAUGGGUACAUGAAAAUAUUCUGGUUUCAAAAUAGUAGUUCACUUUAUUUUUCUUUUUUCUUUUUCUUUUACUGUUUUCAAUGCACACUUUUGAUUGUUAAUGUUUUUUGGGUUACAUAUCCUAACA